AUGAAUGUAAAGAGACUCCUCAAAAUUGACAUAGUGUAUGUAUUCCAUUGCUGUGCCUUGGCUGAUCUUCCGCGGUGGAUAAAGCAGAGCCUGCAACAACGGGUGGAGGAUUGGAAGCAACGCAGCAAGACACUGGUGGAUCAGAUACACGAGGUGGAUCCAUACUACGUACCUACCAACGAGUACCGGUUCAUAGGCCAAGCCUCGUAUGCCGACAUUGCAGCAGGACGUACCAAUAGUCCAAGCUCGAGAAACUGUAGUCCAUAUAGACAUCAACGAGAAGUCACUCCUCCCACCAUGACCGCACAAGUAUUACGACCUAUGCAAGCUCAAAAGUUGAUUAUGGAACAUCCUCCUUCGUUGGAUGAGGUACAAAUCUCAAAGGCGCAAAUUCAGAAAAAUGACACAAACAUAAAUAAAUCAAAAUCGCAAUUGCAAACCGAGACACUCGUGCAAAUAACAGAUGAUCAAAAUACGGUUGGUGCGGAAGAAUAUCAGCAAGCUGUACCCGAAGUCGAAUCACCCAUGCCACGUCGAGGACGAUCGCCUACACGCAAGACAAAUUCAUUCAGAGUGAAAGACUCCAAAAUAAUAGCUGAUCAACAAGGAGAAAUUAACAAGCGUGAUAAUCUUGGACUUGGUGCAAAUUCUGGGCAAGAAAUGCAAACAGAGUCCGUGAAGAACACUUUAGCACCGUGUGAAGAACGAAGAGGACGUUCGCCCAGUCCCAUGUGGGUUCCUGGUUCUACUUCCUAUGCUGACAUCCUUCGUGGAUGUAUACAGACGACGCAGGUUAACACUGUUCCUGCGCAACUACCUAGACAAAAAAUGAUUUCUUUAUCCGAAGAAUCUCGACGGGGUCAAAUGGAAGUUCCUCGUGUGGAACAAGUCACGGAACAAGAUACCGCAAACACUGAAAAGUCUCAACAAGUCACAGAAGUCCAGCAAAUUGUGCCGACGCAAGAAAUACAAGCGGAAAACAUGCAAAUCGCAGAGACUUACUGUCAACCUGAAAUUUCUACGGAGAAAACGGAGGAUCAAAAUUAUACCGAAUCUGAACCAACUAAUUGGACCGAUGAGUCUUUGCAAGAUUACGAUGUAAUGCAACAUGUGAAAUCUUAUAAGAAUGUGCCAAGACAACAGCAACCAACGGAGAUCUACGAUUAUAUGAUACCGGAGACGAUGCCGGAAUUAGUAGGUUUUAUCGGCUCUCAUCUCGGAACGUAUCCAGUAAGUUCGUACGUUUAUGCGCCGUCCGGCCAUCAUCAACAAGUACAGCAACUCGAUCAAAUCAGCUUAAAUCCUUAUGAUAACAGUUCUUUAGCUUACGCGCCAGAACAUUACGUUGCGCAAACCACAUAUCUCUCGGCAUCGGAAAUUUAUCAACAGAAUCAGAUGCAGCAACCCGUUGAUGAUAUGAGACAUACAACUACAAUAGUGAUGGAAAAGCCUGUUGAAGUGUCAGUAGUUAGACAAUCUGAAGUUCCUAAAGACAUGAGUGCGACCGAACCUAUCGAUAAACCUGAACAGCAAAAAUCUGUAAAUAUUUCAAAUGUAGAAACUUCCACAAUGAAUAAAACAGAAGAAAGAAAUACAUCAUCACUGAAUAAUAUGGAAACCAAAGGGCAAACCUUUUCAUACGCGCAAAUACUUUCGCAUGGACUCAGUCCACGUGUUACUUCGACACGCAUCGUUAGCGAAUCGGCAGCUGUGAAUUAUCAAAGUAAGGAACGUUCUGAUUCACCGAAAGAGUCACUCGAGUUAUCUUCUCGCGAACUGUCACCAUUGCAGGAACCGAAAUCCAAGCAAGAGUCGCAAUCAUUCGCGGUUACGUCCGAGCAACUUAAACAAUUCAAAGAAAACGAUUGGGAUACAAUGAAGAAACGAGAGGUUAGAAAGAGGCAACAGCAUCCGAAUGACAAAAUUAAACAGACGGAUGAGAGAAAAUCUCGAAAGUCUAUCGAUAAAUCAAAGGAGAAACAAAAGAACGAAAAAUUAACUCCGCCGAAGCAAUUGGAAACGCAAGACGAAUCUUUUCUCGAUAAAAUCAACGAUAAUCCAAUGCAAAAAGAGGAAAAACCAGUGCAACAAGAAGAAUCAGCAGUUGAUUUAGAUACAAAUCCAUCGCAAGAAAAGAAACGAAGACAAAAGAAAAAGAAAAUAGAUAAAUCAGUCGGAGAUGAAAUAGACAAAGCUCUUAAAGAAAUUGAAAAUAUGGAUAAACAAAAAAUGAAAUUUCAGAAAGACAAGCUUAAAGAACAGAAUAAAGAAAUUAAAUCUCGAGAUUUUGUUAAUGAGAUGAUAGAAAAACAUAACGAUGAAGUUGAUAAGAAACAAAGCAAAUCAGGUGAGAAGUCCAAGAAAUCAAGAAAAUCUAAGGAAGUAACAAGAACAAGAGAAACUGUAUCUAUGGAACACGCCAUAUUGCCAAAAGAUAAAAAAGAUACAAAGGAUGCAAAAGUCACAGAUUCCAAAGAUGAAGAGGUCCAAAAAGAUAUUACCAAGGAAAUAGAAAAGAAUAAGAUAAAAUCAAAUGAGUUGAAACUGGAAGCUGAAGAAAGUAACAUAGAUCAAGAAAAGCUCGAAAUCAGUACUAAAGAAGUAAUUGAGAACAAAACUUUAAAAUCAAUUAAAUCACUAACUGAUAUUGAAAUAAAAGAUUUCGAAUCAAAGAAGCUUGAUAUUACAAAAAUUGCUAGCGAUGUAAACGAAAGCAAAAAAGAAAAACAUGACGUUCCAAUAUCAGAACAAAUGAUCGAUGAAGCUAAAAUGGCAGAAGCAGCAGUAGUUAAAACUUCGAAAGAAAUCUUAUUGCCUAAAAGACAUCAACAAAUAACACAGGAAAUUGUACAAAAUGAUAAAACAUGUGAUUCAGCUGAAAUUAAAGAAAACAAAGAAACAGAGCAUCAUCUAAAUGCUAAAUUAGAAGUGGAAAGCCUUACGACAAAAAAUGUAGAGAUCGAUACAAUGGGUGAAAAAGAAGCUAUUAAUAAUAAUAAUACAAAAAUAAUUGAGAAAACUAAAAGACAAGGAAUAGAGAAAUGUCAGACAAAAACAACGAAACAAAAAAAAUCCGAAAAAGUGAAGUCUAAUAUUCAAGAUAAAAGAAAAGAAAAUGAAACUGUCAUCCCAGAACAAUUUUCGGAAAAAACGAAUUUGGCUCAGCAACAUGUAUCAGUGCUUAAUAACAGCUGUCUUGUUCAAUCAAAAACCGAUCCUGAAAAUAACCACAGCGUUAAAAUAGACGAGGGAGAAGAUAUAGUACUCGGCCAAGUUAAUAAGUCAACUGAAAAAUUCACAACAGUACCUGAAACGGAUUUGUCUAUUUCUACAGUAUCCGAGACUGUUGAAAUUUCUACUACAGAAACACUUCCUAAAAAAUCUGAAGUUUCUUCAGAAAUAAAUAAUACCAUUUCGGACAUGAAAGAAAAAUAUCAGAACAUUAAAAACGGAAAACUCGAUCAUCAUAAAGGAACAAUUAUUAAAAACGAAGACAUUAAGACCGAUAUAAAUGAUAAGAAUUCUCUACUGAAAGAGCAGGAUAUUCAAAAAUUGAAAGACGUUGCACCUAAGGAAAAGAUGUCAAAACGUAUAAAGAAAAAGGAACGUCUAUCUCCUAAGCAUACAGCUGAACAAACGAAACAAUCUUUUUACGAUAAGUUCCAAGAGGAAAUCGUUUUCAAGGAUGAUUCAACAAAGAAAGAAGAAAUCCCAAGACUUACAAAUCUCUCUCUUCUUGCGAAAAUUGAUAAUGUUGAUGUCGAAAAUACGCAAGAAUCAUCGAAAAAGAAUAAAGCUGAAAUUGAAUCGGAUUCUAAAGCUUCAAACGAUUCGGUCAACAAAGCUCAAGUAUAUAAAAAACAUACAGAUGAUGAUAAUAAUUUAGAAUCCGAACAACCGUCUCCGACAGGGAAGGCUUUGAUUAUAGAGAAAAUGAUUACUACCGUAACAACUACCACCAGCGUUCCAAGAUCGGUAAAGGUCAAGCCACUCGAUGUCAAGUCCGUUAAAUCAGUAGAGAUAAUAGAAAACAUACCCCUUCCUAAAAUUGUAGGUUCCAAAGUUACCGAGUUAAUCACUUUGCGUCCUGAAACUGUAGAGGCUAGUCUUACUACUACUUACGCUAGGGUACCGAAUGAUUCUCUCGUUGAUGUGCAAUCGGAUCAGGCAGCGAUUUCUCAAAAAAUAGGUUUAACUUCCCCGACUUCCACCGAGAAUAUUGUGAUAUUCGACGAAAUGGCCCUAUUCGGUAGCGUGCGCGAUAGGAGAAGGGUUUGUUCAAGCACUUCAGAAAGUCGCGAUAUGUCAAAGAAAUCCCCGCCAAUGACUCCACCCGAAGAAAAGAAAGGAGAAGUUAUUGCUCAAUUAAAUAGUAAGGAAAAAUUAGGAAAUCAACUAAAGGUAGAAGUUCUUGAAGAAAAACAAAAGAAUGAUAAUAAAAAGGAGAAUACGGAAAAGGUAGAUAAAAAAACAGAAUUUGUGAUGGAAUGUGAAAGUGAAUGCACAAUCAAAAAAAUAAAAAGUGAAGAAAUAUCUGGAAGUUCGAAAAUAAAAACGAAAAUAGUACCUGAAUAUUUAUUAGAUCUUAUUAAACCUUAUGCUAUGGACCGCCAUGCUUACAAUCAUGCAGAAAGUAAUUUUCACCGUUAUUUUAAAGUUGUCAAAGUAGUAAAAAAAGUACAACCUACUGUUACAGUUCAUACAAGACCAGAAAGCAUAGAAAGAAUCGUACAAGACUCGGUGAUGAAACCGAUUGAUAUUAAAUCAUCGAAUCAAGAAAUGAAUAAAAGCAAUUUUAGAAAACGUGCUCUCAUCGUAGAAGCACCAAAAUAUCCGAUCACCAGUUUUUAUGAAUUUGAGUCGCAAUGGAUUAAAAUGAAAUUUAUGCCUGAAAAAUCCGUAUCUGUUUCUUCUGAUGACUCUGAAAUAUCUGUAAAAACUGCAAUAGAAAGAGAGAAACAAGUUGUUGACAAAAAGGAAGAAGCAAAUAUAAUGUCUGACUCUACAAACGAUACAAUUGCGAUUAUAAAGAAACUUGAAGCAACUGAAACAAAGGAUAAUAAAGAUAAAAAACCAAAAGAUUUACAGCAAUCUAUACAUUUAAUUUCAGAUGAUUCUUGGAUGAAAGUUAAAGAAAUACCAGCUAAGGUAUCAUCUGUACACCUAGAAUCUGAUGACGCUUGGAUGGCUCUUCUUGAGGAAGAAAUAAUAAUUGAUGAUGAUUUUGAUGAAUUGGAAACAGAAACAAUAAAAGACAACCAAAUUAAAAAAGGGGAAAAAGACGAUGAAAUAAAAGAAGCAAAAACUGAACAACAAAUCGAGGAAAAAGAAACAAAAACGGAAAAAUCAGUAAUUGAAAAACAAGAAGACAAGAAAAGUGCAAUUGAGAAACAUGAAGAAAUUGAGGCCAAAGAACAAAAAACUGAAAUUUUAAAUGGUACAUCUCUAACAGAAAUUGCUGUAAAAGAUGAAUAUCAUAUUGAUAUAAAAAACAUUCAAAAUGAAACGGCUAUGGAUGAAAAGCAAAGCGAUAAAACAAAAAAUCAACCGAGAAGAAAAAAAGAAUCAAAACAUGUUAAAGUCAAAACUAAAGAUCAAGCAAAGAUAAAAAUUGCAAGCAAGCAAAGUGAGGACAUUAAAAUAGACAUCAGUAAAGAUGAUUUAUCGUUACAAAAUAAUUCAGAAGAAGAACGUAAAUUAGAAAAUGAAAGUGAUUGUAAAACAAAAGAAGCAGAAAAAUCUUUGAUAGUAGACAAAGAACAAACUGAGUCGCAAAGAGAUAAAGUAAAAUCAAAACUUUCCUCAGAUGAAUCUGUAUCAAAACCAAAUUUGCAAGAUACAAUUAAAGAAGAGUGUGAAAAGUCAUUAUCGAAACGUGAAGAACGUAAGUCAAAAUCCAAUAAAAAAUCCAAAAAACAAAACCAGAAAUCUGAAGUUAUCCUUAAAGAGCAAAUAGCAACGGCGAAAUGUGAAGGUAAUAUAAAUAAAGAUGACAGUAUUGUUCUCUCUAAAGCGACAAAACUCGAAUCAUAUGUAUUUGAAGCAUCACCAAUUGUAGAAAACCAACAGGAGUUAAAGGAUGAUGUACCUAAAUAUGACAAACAAUUAAAUCAGAAUGCUAAAUCGUGGGCAGCCAUUGUUAGUACAAGAGGUACAACAGAAACAACUGUUGCUUCAAAACAUGAUUUUUCAAACACUCAAACAGCCGUUAUUACUCAAGAUACAAAUGAUAAUGUUACAAAUGUCGUAAAACAAUCGCAAACGCCAACUGAGUAUGAUUCAUGCGAAAUUUCAUCAAAAGAAGAAACACUUACAAUGCAUUUACCUUCAUUAGAAAACCAAAUAAGUAAAAAUGUCAUCGAAGAAUUAAAGGCAACAAUGGUGGAUGAAAUCAAAUCGAUCGAGGAAAAAUCCACAGAACCAUUGAAACACAUUAAAGAAGGCAAUAAAUCUUACGCGCAAGUUACAGCCUCCUCGCAAAGAACUUCUCUCCAGAUUUCUCAAGAAGAAACGUAUUUAGUUAAAUCUAUUCCAUUAAAGACAGAUCAUUUAGCGAUCAAUGUAAAAACACCCAUUUCAGAUGAAACGCACGAAGAUUUUAUUACAGAGAAAUUACAAAGUCCAUUAGAAGAGGAUAAUAAACAAGAUAAAACGGUAGUACAGUCUUCCGAUUAUCAAACAGUUAUUACAAAUCUCAUUUCCCAAGAAGAAUCAAUUCCUUGGGUAAAAGAAGUGGAAAAAGAAGCAAUGGUUAUCUCUGAUAAUCUAAACAAUACAAAAGAUAACGAAACAUAUGUAAAACCGGAAAAUACAUGGGCUGCAAUAGUUGGUAAAAAAUCUGUAGAAUCACCGGAAGUUAAUGAUACUAAUAAUCUCGAUCCAAGUCUUCCUAAAUCAGAACAAAAUAUAGAACUUCCGAUGCAAGUCCAGAUUUAUGUAGAGGAGGCUCCUAAACAAGAACCAAUAGAGAAUUUAGUUCAGGUAGAUGAACAAGAUAUUAAAGCUAAAGAGGAGAUUGAAAAUCAGAUUAAGCAAUCUGUAAAGAAAGCUGAACAUGAACAGAAAACAGUUAAUGAGAGUGGUGAUUUGACAAAGAUUAUUAAAGAAGAAAAUGCCGAAUCAUCUAACAGCAAAGAUAAAGACAAACAGGAAAAUGACUCGAAUGAAAAUAAAAUGCAGUUUGCAGAAAAUAAAAGUCAUAUUGAGAAUAAAGUUGUUCAAGGAACAAAAUCCGAACCAAGCACAGCACUUAAAGGUAAAAAGAUGAAGUCGAAAAACAAAGUUGGUAAAGAUCAUAUGAAACAGCAAUCUGAAGUUAAUGAACACAAAGAAUUAAAACAUAUCGAAAAACCGAAAGAAGAUAAAAAAUCUGCAAAUGAAAACAAAACAGAACAUAAUAAGAUCCAAUUAGAAAAUAUUAAAGAUCAAUCAGUAAAAGGAACAGAGUUAAUUAAAGAUACACAGCAUGCGCAAGAAAAUAAAUGUAAAAAUGUGACAGCACUUCCGAUUACAGGUCAAGACAAUACUACGAAAUCUAUAAAAAAGAAAAAUAAAAAGGGAAAAUUAGUAAUUGAACAACUGAGUGAAAGUAUUUCUGACAUAGACAAAAAGACAGUUAUAGCUGGAGAUUUAGAAAAGAAAAUAGAAUUGCCAGUAGAACCAAAAUUAGAUGAAGUAAAAGCGAUCACUACAGAUAUAACAUAUAAUGUACUUACGCAUCCAGAAAGUGAAGAAACUCCAGAAGAAAUUAAGAAACAAGAAAAUAUUAAACAAGUUAUUUCUACAGAAAAUGAAACUAUAGAAAAAGAAAGUAUUGAACAGAAGAUGAUAGUUGACGAAUCGAAAAAUGAAACUCACUUAGAACAAAUAGAAGCAAAUAUAACAGAAGAAAAAGAAAUUCCUAAAUUCACAAAAGCAGAAAAACGUAAACAGAAGAAAAAAUUAAAAAUUACCCAGAGCAAAUUUACUGAUUCAUCUGAAGAUAUAAGUACCGUUAAAAAUAUUAAAAUAAAAGAAAUCACAUCAUCGAAAGAUAAAGUAGACGAUGGGUCAAUAAUUGAAAUACAAUCUGCACAAGAAGAAGACAUUGAGAAGCCUUUGAAGAAAUUCGAAACUGUAAUUGAAAAUAAAACCUCAUUUCCACAUAUAACUUUGCCAAAAGACAAACAAAAAAUUAAAAAAAAACUUGAUGAUAUUUUGAAACUGCGUGAUAUUACAAUUAACAACGAUAUUAUCAAAAUAGAAUCGGUAUCGAUCUCAGAUAAAAUAAAUAACUCUGUUGACGAAAUCGGAAUGGAAACUCCAGUUAAUUCAGUUUGUGACUCGGUAAAUGCAGUUAUAAAACAUUCUCUACCGUCAGAUAAAUUGUCUUUAACUGUGCAACAAUCCUUCGAAGACGAAGAUAAAUUGAAGUGCAUUGCAAGUAUCGAACAAGAAAAUUCUGAUAUUUUAGUUGAUGAGCCAUCCAAAUCUAAAGUCCAGUUCUAUAUAGCGGAUGAGAUCUUAGUUCUAAAUCCCGAUCGACGAAAGCACGAUCACCCAUCGACAUCCUUCCUGCAGGAACAAUCUACAACUGAUUUGUGUAAUUCGUGGUUCCUGUCCAUCGAUGAUGGUUUUUGGCCUGACAAACGACCCUAUCACGAAGCCGAGCGUGAUCAUUUCGAGAACUUAGCCUUACGUAGAAAAAAAAAUCUCUCACGCGAUAAUAAACGUGAUUCCAACGAUCGUCCCCAAGAUCGCGACGACGACAAUUCGGGCGGUGGAGGCGGUGGUAGUAGGUCAUGGGAUUCUUGUGGAAACUCGUGUUCCUUUCUGGGUACACCUCAGACAGAGCGUAUGAUAGCCGAUCUACCCGGUGGCAUAUGUAGCUGGAGCGACUAUAGCACUUAUAUAUCGAGCGAGAGCGAGCGGACAAUGGAUCACAAUCUACUACUGGGCACGAUCGAGGAUCCAACAUUACAAUCGAGUUUAUCUGUGGAUAACUCGUUGCCAAACGAAGUCCAGUCAUCUCCUGAAUUCCAGUCAUCAUCCCCUCCCUCCCAGGAUCCGCAGACCGAAUCGCGCAUGGAGUCUCUUGCAAAUGAAAUAACACCGAGGGAAUAUCCUAUUGUCUCUUCUUCGAAUAGUUUCCAAAGUUCCGAUCAUCCUAACACUUGCACCGAAUCAUCGACCCUCGUCCACCUUCCACAAUCCAAACUACAUUUAGGUAAAGAGACGAGGGAGGGAUCCGUGCAACGGUGCAGCCCGAACGGGGAGGUGGAGAGAGAGACGGCUAAAGGCGAGGCUGAAAGGAUACGCAAGAUCCAGGAUGUCGAAGAAGGCCUCGCUUCUUUACAAGCAAGACUUUCGAAUCUCGAAGGAAUGAUGAGCUAUUUGCCUCGAGAUAGUAUAGAGUCUAUGCUUUCAUCUCUUAUGACUAUAUUAAUGGAACUUCGCACCUACGAUAAGGAUGCUACGCAACUUCAAAAGCGAUUACAAGAAAUUCCUGCCGACAUUGAAUCUCAAAAACUCUCGGUAGCGUUAACGGGAAUUCAGACACGCGUGACUUCUCUUCUCGAUCAAGCAGAAAAAGGGAGGAUAACUCUGGAACAGGCACGAGAAAGCCGAGAGAAACGUGGCCAAGAGAUUCAUACCUACAAAUUAUUCCUCGAAGAGACAGAUGCUUGGUUAAGAAGUAUCGUAUCAAAAUUACAUGAGCAACAUUCAGUUAAUACCAGCAAGGCUUUACAGGAAGAAUUAACAAGUCGCGCACAUCAAGUCUCAGAACUCGAAUCGUUGCCGGAAGUAAGCGCGUUAGCGAUAGCGCUGAAGGAAGCCCUUUUGGAUGUAAUUGACCGUCUCCAACGAAAGCAGCAGGAGAUCUGUGAUGAGGAAGCUCAAGCUGACGAUGAAUCGACAGAGAGAGAUAAUGCUACUUUGGAUGAAGCACCUUCAAUUCAUUCCUCCAUAGAAGGCGGUCCGCCAUCUUUGGCUGACGUUUCUUUACAGACAGGUCAAAGUUUACUAAUCGACGACGUUGUCGAAAGAAAAGCACAACUCACCAAACAGACGUCUACAACACAAAUGCCGCCUUCAACUACGUGCCAUUCUCUCACCACGCAGACAUCACAAGAUUUAUUGCCGAGCGAGACUGCUCAAACGCAGGAAGCUAUAAAGGUUUUAAAAACUACAACGGGCGAUCAUGAUGUAAUCGAAAUAGCGACCAAAUAUGUACCGUCUAGUUCUAGUCAAGAAAUAGCGCGUCGGGAACAAUCCAGCAUUCUGUCCAGCGAAGAUAUCGUUGUCGAUAUGAAAUAUCAAGACGCGAAAAAGACCGAUAGCGCAACGAGCGAGCUAAACAUUGUUCACGCUGCACCACAGUCUUUUGAAACGAUUCUAGUCGAACCAGACGACAUCACUACCGAAAUAGUCGUUGACGCUGACGGCACCAAGAGAAUAAUUGUAAGAAAGUUACGACGUACUACAGUCACCAGCAGACAGACCACACAACAGCAAGUAUCCACGCUGUCGACAGCGGUUGGAGAAACGCCGACGAUGAUGCAAGCUUUCUCAGAGGCUGCGAUGAGAGAUCAACAAGUCACCAUGACCAGGACAAAACCAGAUGGUACCAUCGAGACUACGACAAGGCAAAUUUACGGCGGCAAAGUUACAACAAGCGCGCCCAUCGAAGGUAUCAAUGUGGAAGAGUACGAAUCCGAACCACGUUACACACGCAUGGUGACGCAAGGUCAGAUAGGGGAUAUCAGCUGUCAGCCUGUCGAAGAAGAGAUCCUGAUGGAGGGCGGUGAAUAUCAAACAAAGACAUCAAGCGUUCAUGCUGUGGUGCAACAAGUUACAAGACGGGUGAUUAAGCGAACGCGUAAAAUCAUUCGAAAGGUUACUAUCGUAGAUGGCAAGGAGAUCACUACUGAAGAGGUGACUGAAGAGCCUGAAGAAGUAGAAAUAGAUGAGCAGGAUAUACCGCACAUCAGCAUUAAUGUAGUUAAGAGCGAAGAUCAAAAGACUUUCCCAGUGGAAAAGGCAAUAGAAGCAACGACAUCAGAAAUGUCAAUGGGGCCUUAUAUCUCCGAAACUCCGAUGCAAGGACCAUUCUUUGGACCAUUUGCUAAAGAUAUAACGAGUGUAAGUCGAGAUAAAGCAGAGAUCACAAAAACUCCAGUAACACUUGCGGAAAAAGAUGACAUCUUGGAAACUAAAACAUUGGAUACUGAAAAUUACAAAAAAGAAACUACGUUGUUAGAAGAACCCACGAUAAAGAUAACAGAUUCUACAACAGACACAACUUAUUCUAAGAUAACGGAUUCUACACAAACUGUUCUAUCUUCUUUGAAAGAGCACGGAACACAAGUAGAAAAUUUGGCUAAUAUUCAAGCUGGUGAAGAUAUUUCUACUGUAAAAAGUGACGAAAAUGUAGCACAAACAGAAAUUAAAUCGCAAAUCAUGGACAAACAAGAAAACAAGCACUUCCCUACUGAGGUAAAUGGCACAAGUACACUUGCGAGUGAUAAUCAAGCGCUAAUCGAUGCUGAACGAUCUGCCGUUUUGCAGACUCCUGUUGAAGAUGUUACAACGCUACAAUCGGAAUCUGUAAAAUCUCCAUUAGAGCCAGCCGUAACAGAUGAUGAACCAGUGGUCACCAAGGCUACUUGUAAGUCUGAUGAUGCACCAGUAAAGAGCGAAACACUCAGUAUCGAGCUAGAAAAUGGCACGGUAGAAGUAGAGACGCACAAUGGUGAUAGCAGCACUGUAGAAGCAGAUAAAAAUAUUGAUGUAUUGAAUGUCGUUGUAUUAGAGAAAGAGUAUGAUAAGAAAGAAGAAUCGGAAAAAGAGGUCUCGCUCGAAUCGUCCAAAGAAAUUACAACCUUAACACCAUUUCAAAAAUUGGAGCUAGGAAAUGGAUCGAUUGCUUUAACAAGUAAGUUAGAUAUUUCUGAAUCUGACAAAAACGCGGAAGAAACUACUUUAAAAUUGAAAAAUGCAGAAACAUCUUCUAAAGAACGACAAAUAUCACCAGAAUUCACAAGUGAGGAAAAAGACGAUUCUAGGGAUGAAGCAUUCAAACCAGAAUACAAACCAAUGUUUCAUAAAGUGGAAAUAUCUUUGUCGGUGCGUAAAGAAGAUGAGGAAGUGGAACCAUUAGUCUCCAUCAAAACUCAGGCAGAACGACCUGAAAUUGCCCCGUAUAGCAUCGUUAAAGAAGAUGUAGAUAUUAAUCUUCCAGCGGACAAGGAAACGACAGAAGUAAUACACGAUAAAAUUGUGCAGACGACCGCCUUUCUUACUGCUGAAAAAGAAACGGAAACCUUACAAUUAUGUACUGCAGAAAAAGAGGUCGAUGUUCACAUCGAAUCACCAGAAAAGAGUAAAUCAGAUACUACGAGUCAUAAAAGUAGAAAAAAGAAACGACACAAGGAUAAAUCAGAAUCUUCGGAAAAACCAGAAGAAACAGAAUCUAGCACUUCCAUUGCUACAUCAAUUGCCGAAUCUAUGGAGAUCAAUAUUCCAUUAUCUGAUUCGUCCAAACAUGCUAGUGAACAACCACAACCUGACGUCGCAGAUAUUAUCAAGUCCGAAUCCUCUCUAAGCUUAGACGAUAGCAUUGUGGCAGAGAACGAUGGAUACCAACCGGAUGAUAAAACUAUGGAUGAAUUAUCGAUCGCGCCGGAAGAUGAAGAUGCUGUAAAGAAGAAAAGGAAGAAGAAGAAGAAGCAAAAAGUUCGAUUAAUUCGAGAUGAAGAUUUGACUUACAUACCCAAAACUAGUAGCGACGAUGCGACGUUCACAGACAAUAGUUUUCCUUUAGAAAUGCCUGAAGUAAAAGAAGUGACCGCAAAGGAUAAAACAAAAGAAGAUACAACGAAGCCAGAAGAGACGAAAGAAACUGAAAUCGAAAUACAACAAGAAAGUAAACGCAAAACUACGUUAGAUGAUGCGAAUACUCAAACAACUGUAGAAACAUGUGACGUAUCAACUUCGCUUACUCCAAAAGAGGAAAGUCUCUCUACGUUCAUGCAAACAUCUCCUGAGCCGAUACCGAUAACUUUAGAGGAAGAGAUACAAACGGCUAAAGCUGAAGAGACUCAUAUGGAGACACAAACAUUUUUAGAACCCGGACUUGAUUUUAGCGCGCAAACUAUUGUGGAAGAAACACCGGAAGUCGAAGAUUCAGGUGUACAAACUAUGACACCCACGGUAACACCAAUGGAAGAGUUCGCUAUUCAAACUAGUCCAAUAGAAGAUAUUAUUUUUGCUACAGUGGAGACGGAAGAUUCUCAAGCACAGACGACUGAAAUUGAUGUUCACUCCACUGAAAUGCAAACUUCACCUGUUGAAUUCUCUCCAAUGAUAGCAACUGAAACUCAAACAGCAAUAAAUACUGUAACAGAAGUCGAGCAACAGACUACUCCACCACCAGUUGCAGAAAAAAUUAUUGUGCAAGAAAUUUCUAUUCAAACGUCGUCUGAGGUACCAGAAUUUUUCGAAAGAGAUAUGCAAACGAGUACUCCAAUUAGUCCGGAACAACCAGAUGUUUCGCAUACAGAUACCCAAACAAUCGCAGAGCCAGAAGUUCCUGCUGAAACAACAGAGACACAAACGACACCUGAAGAGAGUCCUCGAAAGGUGGAGUUGCAGGAAUCUGAAAUGCAAACAAAAUCGCCUGAGCAAACCAAAGAGACUAUGAUGCAAACAAGUCCAACUAUAGUUAGUCCAGAACCUACGCAAGUGUGCGAAGAAUCUGUUCAAACUAGCAUUGAAUAUACGAAACAGACUACAGAGGGAGAAUCACAAACAUCAGAAAUCUGUCUAACAAAAACUGACACUUCUGAUAGUUCGGUGCAAAUACAGGCAGAAGAAUUAAUUCUAAAAAUUGAAGAAAGUAUACAAAAUAUUCCCGAAGUAUGUGAGAUCAGCGCACAAACAUCACCAAAAGAAGAGAAACAACCAACUGAGACAAUAUCGGUAUCUCAACAGACAACACAUAUUCCCACUCAUACUGUUGAAGUAUCUACGGAAGAUCUUAACACGGGAAUAAUUGAAGAUCUGAGCGAAGUGCCCGUUUCAAUUAUGUUAGAAGAGAUGAAGAAGGAAGAGAAAAUGAUAGAUUUAGAAAAAACUCCAGCAGCACAUGAUGUACAAGUACCAGAAAUUGUGAAAUCUGUAGAGGAAGCGGAAAUUGUUAAUAAGCUGAUAUCAGAGAUUCCUACAAUGGUCUCAGAAAAUAUUGUACAAAUGAAAGUUCCCGUCGAAAAAGAAACGAAACGUGAAUUUUCUGAAAUAUCUAUGAUGGUAGAACAUCCAAAACCGAAGACUAUUGCAAAAACAAAAGAAUCUACACCAUCUUCAAUAUCAGAAAAAGAUACUACUUCAGAUACCUCGUAUGAAAUCCAUGUUCACGCAACUAUAGAAUUAUCUGCUAGUGAUACGCUCGAUAGUGUAGCAUCUGGUAGCAAGGAAAUGACCGAUACUUCGCAAGAUACCACAAUUGCCGAAGAUCUCAACGACAUAAUCGUAGAACACAAUAAUAAGGCAUCGAAACGGCAAAAAAGAAAGAGAAAGCAUAAGACCAUGGAAAUCACUGUACCGAGCAAAAACGAGCCAGAGCUUGAAUCCACAUUUAGACAAUCCGAAUAUCCUUCUCAAAUAACAUCUCAGAUCGAAUCAGAUGUGAAAUUGGAAGAUAUUGCAUCAAAAACUGUAAUGGAAAAAAUAAAUCUACGUGAAGAAAACAGUCAGGAAACACCCUCGGAUUUUCCAACUAUCUCGGAAGUAGUACCUAUAUCGAUGAGUGAUUCAUUUGUAAUCGACUCGAAUUACAUUCCAGAAACAAAAGUACCUGAAGCAGUAACAAUGCGAAAAACAUUUAUGCCUGGUAGACCGAUGGUAGAACCAUUGUUAAUGUCGUCAGAUGAGCAAAAACCAUUCACAUCUAUGCAGUUGUCACCUGAACCAAUGGAUACUACUGAAGAGCCACUGACGCCUACAGAAAUCGAGCAACCUAUUCUGAAUAAAGAAAAUAUUAAACCGUUACGAGCGGAAAUUAAGACAUACGCCGAAAUAAUAUCUGAAACACCAGCAGAAAUAUGUGAAAAGAGAGAAUCGCAAUUGUGGAAAGAAUCCGUUAUCCAGAUGUCGUCGCCUCAAGCAUUAUCUGCGACUUUUCUUUUAAAGGAAUCUUUAGGAUAUAGCGCUAAACCGCAAUAUCAAGGAACGCAAACGAUGCAAGCAGCUAAAAUAAUAAUUGACCGAGUGAAAAAUCUACAGAAUACCAACGAAUUGAAUCAUUUAGGUAACAUCUUGCAUAUAGCGCAUCUGGAAGAAGUCACCACAGAAAGACUCGCGGAAGAACGCUCAUCGGAUGUUCGCAGAGAAUUAGCGCAAUUAAAAAAUGCUGUUCAAGAGAACGAUGUGAUAGUUGUAGAAGAAACUCUCGUUACCGUCGUCGAAACAAUCUCGACUUGGCUAGAAACCAUUGAAUAUCGAAUCUUUCUAAACAGAGAAUGUCCGACUGGACCUUCUCACGAGGACGCUAGAACGUUUAUUGAAUUGAAAGAUGAAGUGAAUAAUGUAGAAGAAAGUGUCCGUGAGCUCGAUGAUAUUUGGAAGCAAUUGGAACCAAACUAUUCGAAAGAGGAACGGGAGAAAUUACGAGAAUGUGUAGAUGCCCUUGAGCAUCAGGUAAAAAUUAUCGAGCAUGUCACUAUUGACGGAGAGAAACACGCUAAUAGGCAACUCGCAAGAUGGGAUGAAUUUCUAAAUAGCAUUAAUAACGUAUACAGAUUAAUCGAAGAGCAACGUAAACAGCUUGAUUACAUAAUCGAAAGCGAGUAUUCUACACAAUGGAAAUUACAGGAACUCGAUAAACUAGACAAUACCAAUCGCUGUCAUAUGUGGAAGACAAGUAGUCUUCUUGAUGCUGCUCGAGAAUUACUACGCGAUCAUCCCAGCAAGAUUAUACCCGAAGAAACCUACGCAGCACACGAGAUGACAAAGAUCAUUGAACAUAGUAUAUGUAUCGAACGAGAACGUCUUCUUCAAUUGCUCGCUUUAGCCGAAGAAUAUGAGCAAACUCUUCAAGAAUUUGCGCAAAUUAUCGAAAUCGCUGAAAAUUUACUGGACAGUCCAAUAUCAGCAGUAAGCCUAGAACAUCUUCAGGAGGAGAUGCAAAAACACAGAAAAUUUUUCGUCAAUUUGAAUCACUGUCGCGCGAUUCUCGAAUCGCUGGAAGGCAAUCUAGAUCCUGAAACCAGAGCCAAACAUUCCGGUUUGCAUGAAGAACUACAUAGUAAAGCAACGGCGCUGCUCGAUCAGGCAGCUUCAAGAGCACAACAAAUGGCCUUGGCGGCAUCGCGAUGGAUGCUACUUGAACAGGGUGUAAAGGAAGAAAGAGGAUGGCUCCAGGUAGCACAUCAACGAGUUCCUGACCUUCAAACGGUGACUUCAACCGACUAUGAUCAAUACAUCUCCCUAUAUCAAUCUCUAUCGUCGGAUGUAGCAACUCAUCAUGCACGAUUAAUUCACUUACUCAGUGUGGCAUGUAGCCUCCGUGAUCUUAUCAACAUCGAGGAUCCUGAAGAUCGAUAUAGUGAAGCUCUAGAUGUGAUCGUAAAGCUGCAAGACAAUAUCGAAUCCUCUCUAAAAAGACUACUGGCCUUUAGAGAGAAUUGGAAUAAUCAAGAGAUACUAACGAAUCGCGUAGAACAUUGGAUAACAAUGGCCGAGAAGGAACUUACCACAUUACAUGAUCCAUCAGGAAGUUCUAUGCGUCAGUUCUGGGAAUUAAAAGCACAAUAUGAGGUUCACAACAACAUGCGUAAUGAAGCAGACAUCUACUUCGAGCAAGCUCUACGAAUUAUACCUCUGUCGGACGAAAUGUUGCAGCGACAGUUUCACUAUGAGUUGCAAGGUCGUUGGAAUGAGAUUAGUGACAAGAUCAAUGAGAUUCAAAAAGAUGUCACUCGUAGCAUUUCCUCGGAGGAAAUCUCGUCGAACAAAAAACUGAAGUUACUCGAGAGAGAACUAAAUGAAUUACGAACGACCAUCAACAGUUUCCAUGGAGUGCUGAAGACAGAGGAAGAACUAGACUUAUACGUCGAGAGACUCACUAUAUUGUUCGACAGAAUUUCUUUGAUCCAAAACGAGAUAGGUAGAUUAGGUCUUUUACCAGCGGCGGAGAGCGAACGAGUCGGAAUUUUAUUAACAUCGGCGCGUUGUAUAGAAGGACAGAUAAGCGAAGAACUAGAUUCGGCGCAGCUACUCAAAGAAAAGAUUCAGGCUCUUCAACACGGAUUAAGUCGCUUUAGGAAGGCUCACAAAAGAUUGUCAAUAAUACUGGAUCAAUGCGAAGGUAGCGAAAGACAAGAAAGUAACUUGGUAGCCGCAGCUGUAGAUCGUUGUCAAUCUGUCGCGAACGAAUUAGCUGUCCUCUGGCAAAAUCUAAUGGCUUUAAGACAAAUGCUGCAUAAUUUACCAACCGGCAUGAGAGUGACGGUGUCGCCAGUGAGCAUAGAAAGAGACCUGUCUAAUAUACAGGAUGUACACACCGAACUUGAAUCCAGAUGCGCGCAUCUGCUUUCGUUGUUGACGAAUAGAUUGGAGUUAUGGCGACGAUUCGAGAGGCAGCUGGAAAUGGUGCAACAGUCCGUUCAAGAAGCGGACUAUAUGAUGGAACUGUUAACCGUUCAAGACUCCGUUGAUUACGACAGAUUGCUGAAGGCCACCGAGCGCCUCGAGAAAGAUGUUCGAGUAGUUUCUUGCACGAGCCUGUUGCAGCAAAAAAAUUCGAUAGUAAUAGUAACUGACACGCGGUUCCUUCAGUUCAAUCCCGAGGAUUGGCUAUUCCCGAGAAAUUGCUAA